GCAUCAUUACGGAUAUACUUCGCUGAUCACUGUAAGAUUAAUAUAUAGUUGACUCAUUCAUUCUACCUGCAGAGCAUCGGUCUGGACCUCAAGGACAUUCCUUCAUUCAACAUUUCAUCACAGAAGCAAAUAUACCUGUACGGUAUAUUUUUUAAACUCUGCAAUAAUGAAAUCCUCCAAAGUGAAUCUAACUUUAGAGGAUGUCACAAAUUAUAUGGAUAACAACCCUGCUUUUACACAUAGGUACUUUGAAAAGAAGCUCAAGCCAGAAACCAUUGCUGCCGCCUUCGGUCGGAAAGAUCUUUCUGUUGAUUUUGCAACUUUUAGGGAGCUUGUUCAGGUUGAAGAGAGUGAGAUUCUCUUUGAACUUGUUAAUGACAUGCAAGAAAGUAUUAACAUGGAGAAAGUUGUGUUCAAAACCCUGAGAAGAAUCAGUUUUCUUAUCCACGCAGAUCGAUGUAGUCUCUUUAUGUACAGGCAAAGAAAUGGCACUCCUGAGUUAGCUACAAGACUAUUUAAUGUUCAGCCUGACAGUAAGCUGGAAGACUGCCUUGUUCCACCUGAUAGUGAAAUAGUGUAUCCUUUGGACAUUGGAAUUAUUGGACACGUUGCUCAUACAAAGAAGACAGUUAAUGUCAAGGAUGUUAGCGAGUGCUCAACCUACAGCAAAUUUGCAGAUGAACUGACAGAUUAUGAGACAAAAAACAUACUUGCCACACCAAUCCUGAACGGUAAAGAUGUUGUUGCGGUCAUAAUGGCAGUUAAUAAACUCGAUGGGCCAUUUUUUACAAAUUAUGAUGAAGAGGUGUUUUUAAAGUAUCUGAAUUUUGCUUCUUUAAAUCUGAAAAUUUAUCACCUAAGCUACCUACAUAACUGUGAAACUCGAAGAGGCCAGGUACUAUUAUGGUCUGCAAACAAAGUGUUUGAAGAGCUGACUGAUAUCGAGAGACAAUUUCACAAGGCCUUCUAUACAGUGAGAGCAUACCUAAAUUGUGACAGAUAUUCAGUUGGCCUCCUUGAUAUGACAAAAGAAAAGGAGUUUUUUGAUGUCUGGCCAGUUCUAAUGGGAGAGGUUCCCCCAUACACAGGACCCCGUACUCCUGACGGAAGAGAAAUUUUAUUUUACAAAGUAAUUGAUUAUAUUCUUCAUGGAAAAGAAGACAUUAAAGUUAUACCAAAUCCCCCAGCAGAUCAUUGGGCUCUGAUUAGUGGUCUUCCAACAUACGUGGCUGAGAGUGGCUUUAUUUGUAAUAUUAUGAAUGCAGCUGCAGAUGAAAUGUUCAAAUUUCAGAAAGAACCAAUGGAUGACAGUGGAUGGGUUAUUAAAAAUGUUCUAUCAAUGCCAAUAGUCAACAAGAAAGAGGAGAUUGUUGGUGUUGCAACUUUUUACAACAGAAAAGACGGAAAGCCAUUUGAUGAACAGGAUGAAAUACUGAUGGAAUCUUUGACCCAGUUCCUUGGUUGGUCAGUACUAAAUACAGACACAUACGACAAAAUGAACAAGCUGGAAAACCGUAAGGAUAUUGCUCAAGACAUGGUGAUGUACCAUGUUAAAUGUGACAAGGAUGAAAUUCAGGAUAUUUUGCCUACAAGAGAAAAGAUGGGAAAGGAAGUUACAGAAUGUGAGGAGGAUGAGAUCGCAAAAAUACUUAAACAAGUCUUACCAGGACCUACUAAAUUUGAAAUUUAUGAGUUUCGUUUCUCAGACUUUGACUGUACGGAGAUAGAUCUUGUCAAAUGUGGUAUCCAAAUGUAUUAUGAACUUGGAGUUGUAAAAAAGUUUCAGAUUCCACCAGAGGCCUUGGUGAGGUUUAUGUACGCAAUGAAGAAAGGAUAUAGAAAAGUUACCUAUCACAACUGGCGUCAUGGAUUUAAUGUGGCUCAAACUAUGUUUACACUAUUAAUGACAGGCAAACUGAAACGCUAUUAUACAGAUCUAGAGGCGAUGGCAAUGGUUACUGCUGGUUUUUGUCAUGAUAUAGAUCACAGAGGGACUAACAAUCUUUACCAGAUGAAAUCUCAACACCCUUUAGCAAAAUUACAUGGAUCAUCGAUUCUAGAAAGACAUCACUUGGAGUUUGGAAAGUUUCUGCUGGCAGAUGAGUCAAUGAACAUAUUCCAGAAUCUUAACAGAAGACAGCAUGAACAUGUGAUUCAUCUCAUGGAUAUAGCUAUUAUAGCUACAGACUUGGCACUUUAUUUCAAAAAGCGAACAAUGUUUCAGAAGAUUGUUGACCAAUCAAAAACUUAUGAAGAUGGGCAAAAAUGGAUUGAAUAUUUAUCUUUGGAAACAACAAGAAAAGAAAUUGUUAUGGCCAUGAUGAUGACGGCUUGUGAUUUAUCUGCUAUUACCAAGCCCUGGGAAGUUCAGAGCAAGGUUGCACUCUUAGUGGCAGCUGAAUUCUGGGAACAGGGAGACCUGGAAAGAACAGUUCUUCAACAGCAGCCUAUUCCCAUGAUGGACAGAAAUAAGUCUGCAGAGCUGCCAAAACUUCAGUGUGGUUUCAUCGACUUUGUGUGCACAUUUGUAUACAAGGAAUUUGCACGCUUCCAUGAAGAAAUACAGCCAAUGCUAGAUGGCUUGUUAAAUAACAGGAAGGAGUGGAAGGCUCUUGGUGAUGAAUAUGAGGGCAAAAUAAAAGCAAUCGAAGAGGAUAAGAAAAAGAAGGAAGAGGAACUUGCUGCACGGAAAGCUGCUGCAGCUGGGGCAAAUGCCAAAUCUUCAACCUGUUCAAUAUGUUAAUAUAAACCUGCAUGGUAACUGCAUCAAACAAAAGAAACAACUGCAGCAACUAAAAGAAUCAUACUGCUGAUAUUUACUUUGUAAAAUGUAUUUUCUCCAGUUCCUGUUAUCAGGUUAUAAAGUCCAUUUAUCAAUUUUCAGAUCUGAGGUUUCUUAAAUUUGACUGCAAAAAAGAGAUUAACUUUUUUCUUGAUGACAAAACCUGAUUGCUCUAAAAAAUAUUUAUAAAAAAUUCAAUUCAAUAAGUUUAAAUUAAACUGAAACCAUGAAAUAGCUUGAAUAUUGAUUAUUCACCUCACGUUGACAUACCAGAUUUAAGUUGCUGAAAUGUUAAAUGAUAAAUCUUGAAAUGAAAAACUCAAAUGCGCAAGAAUUUGUGAUUGCAGUUUUUUUUGUCAGUGAAUAAAAAUGAUCUCAAAUACACCCACAAAAAUCUAGCAGCAAAGCAAAUUCAUCAUUAAAAUUAACAUUGCUAUUUAUGUCACUGUUUUGAUGAUUUGAUCUUUUUAGCAAUUGAUUUAAUUAUUUAGUAAAAUUUUUCAAAGGUAUGAAAAAAUAUUAAGUAUUCUUUUAGUAUCUGAAUGAUUACAGAUGUUGUGGUCGGACGUAUUGUCUUUUUUUACAAUGGAAUUCAAGUGUUAGAAAUCACAAGACCAUGUCAGAUUUUUUGUUAGUUCAUUUAUCACAUUUAUAAUUUAUUUAUUUUUACAUUUUUCUUUGCCAGAAAAAAAUUCUUGAAUUGUGUGACAUUCUCUUUAGGCUUUUAUUCUUAUAGGCUUAUACUGGUUUGAUUUACUAUCUGAACUGGAACUGGAUUUAAGUAAAUCCACAGAUUUUUUCAUAAAAGAAAAUGCUGAUGUGCACCUUUGAAUAGAAUGGCCCUCUGAAUCUCUGAACUCCUGAGAUUUUUGAAUGGGAAAAGGUUGUAACCAAGCUAGGGCAGAAUACCCAUGUAUUGACAAAGGUGAUAAGGACAUUUUCUUAAAUACUAAGGGGCAUAUUUAUUAAACUUACACGACCAUGGUCAGGGCUUUCGUUUGCAGAAAACCAAGUGAUCUCCUGAAUUAAUAUUUUCUGGACUUGAAUACUCUGACUUGCUGGAGAAUGACAUCUGAAAAAAAAACACCAAUGGAUUUUUCACAAGAAUAAAAAGCUUUCCAGGUUUUAGGUGAAAACCCCAGCCACGUACAGGUAAGUUUAAUAAACCUUUGUGUUUAAAGGGCAUGCAAAGUCUAAAAUAGAAUAAGGCUAAAAAUGCUGUAUUUUAUAUAUUAAAUAUAAACAUGAACUAACUGCACCACAAGCAUACAAACAAACAAAUAAUUUAUGCUUUCAAAGUUGGCUACACGGGGUCACCAUCUUGUAACUUUGUUAAACAUAUUUGCAAGACUAAGACUGUGCACAUGCUCAGUGUGGUCUGGGCUGCUUAGGGAUUGUCAUAAACAAAGCUGCUUGAGUUCUGCAUGGCUGGAAAGUAAGGCUGGGGCUCCCCCUACUGUUCAUAAGUACAAUUGUUUCCCUGCUCAGCAGUUAGGGACCGUCUGACAAUUCCUCCAAUGAAGGGAGAAUUUCACUGCAUACAGUCAAGUUUCUUAUAAAAACGGUACACAUUUUUUAGUUAAAUAUAUUGGAGAUAGGUUUCUUUUUCAUUAAAGAAAGUAAAAAUUGGAUUUUAUUUUUUUGCCUUUACAUGCCCUUUAAGAAUAAUGUCCUUAUCACCUUUGUCAUAUAUACAAUUAAAUAUUUUUAGAGUAAUAUGCUGAGAUGGUAGGGGGUUUGUUUGAUGUCUGUUUAAAGUUUACUGCAUUUAAAUGCCAAGAAAUAUAAAAUGUACCAUCUCCAGGAUUUAACCCAUCAAAUUGUAUGCAAAUGCAAUAUGAGUGGAUGUAACUCAAUCAACACAUUGUGGUAAGUUUAGGAAAGUUAAAAUCACGUCAUCCUAAUAAACUCAGAUUGUAAGAUGUAGGGGACAAGGAUCUCCUUCCUUUUGUCUCCUUGACAUUUAGCUCUUAACCUUUAAUGAAACUGUACACUUUGUAUCUCUAUUUGUAUUUAAUAUUGUAAUGACCCCUGUUUGUUCUAUUAAUGUAUAGUUCUGCUGUACAGUUCUGUACAAAAGUAGUGCUAUAUAAAUAAAAAUAUACAUACGUAUGGA